ACGGUAUUUAAUAUUAAUCUUAUUUUUUAAUCAUCAAACGAGGCGUAACUAGUUACGUUGUUUGUACAUGUCUGUCGGUCAAGGAUUAGAGUCAUCAUUAGUUUUCGACUUUUACAUUUACACUUCUUGCUUUGGUUACUAGAUCUAAACCCGUUUAAGAUAAACAGUUUAAAAGUUUAAUAUGUAUAUGUAAUUAUAAAGCAAUUCAGGUUGUAACUAAUAUUACCAAUAGUCCAAAUACACUACAACUGGUACUUAAAGGUUUUUUUGCUAUCAAUUGGAAGGAUAUUGGGCAGAUAAAUGGUUUAAAGUCAAUUCAACCUUAAGCGGUGACGUUUUAUCUAUCCUUAUAUCGGAUACCUUAGAUUGAAAAAAGGUAGCGCGAAUCGGGAAUAUUUUUUAACGGUUUAUUUGCGAGUUAAAAAUCGUGACUGUGGAAUAUAGAUAAAUGAAACGAAACGUGUGUAAAUUAUUUGCUUUUUUUGUGACGGGAGAUAGGAAUGGAAGAUAAUCAUGGGUAUUUGCUGUUCGGUGCGAAUUGAUUUCAAUAACUAAUAGUUGCUCACUUGGAUUAAAUGCACUUAAAAAAGAUCGACAACUUGAUGAAAUAAUAUAAAAGGGGUCAUUGGAUUUUGAGGUAAGAAUUGUAACAUAAGAAGCCAAAGUAAAUAAAAGCCUGUGAAGAGAUGAAAUGAAAAAGAGGUUUUAGAAAAUAGCUUGCAAUUAACAAGUGGUAUUUUUAUGUCAUUUUUAAAAAGAUCGCUGAUGUCUUUUUUAUUUAUCUUUUUAGGAUUGAAAAAAGAACUUUAGCCUGCAUACAAUUUACUGAAGGACUUUUUUCUGAUAUAUUGCACGAUAUAUCCAUCAAUGUGAUUUAUAUUGGAUUUUAAAACUUAAUAACCCUGUAAUCAUAUAGUGUACAUCUUAAGCAAAUAUCCCAUUUUCCGCUGUAAUAGUGGAAGAAAAAUAGGUGAUUUUGGAAGAGAAGAAUGUUAUGAAUAGCGAGAGACUUCACUCGUAGUUAUCAUUUAAAUAGCGGUAAAAUGGCGCAUCAUCGUCGCGGAGGAAAAGGGGCAAGAAACGAUAUUAUUAACGUAACUGAGAUUGACGAUGAUUUGGACGAGUUUUCUCUGUCCAACAAACCAAAGACAAUAACAAGUGGAAUAAACGGGCAUGUGAAGCCGAAAUACACGGAUCCGUUAACUUCAAAAAGCUAUAAGGACCCAUUAAAGACAAUAACCGUAAAAGAUCCGUUUGCAGAGAAGAGUAAACUUAAUGUAAUCAGCAAUCAUAAAUUACCUGAAUCGUCGUUGAACAAUGACAGUAUUUUCACAAAGAAAACGUCGCAAAGUUCAUUGACUGUGCAAACCGGACAAAAAAGUGGAAUUUCUACGCAAAGUAGUUCGCACGCGACAUCAACGACGACGACAACAACACCAGCGCCCUCACGCGGAUUCGCAUCUUCGUCUACGCAAUUUACAAGAAAUCAGCAAUUUACGACAAUACAAACAAACAAAAGGAAUAAUUUACCAUCAAGGAUAAAUAAAAACCAGAAAGGAUUUAGUCGCGAGGAAAAAGACAUGUACAUUGAUGACAUUGAAGAUUUUUAGUAUUGAUGUAUACGUUAUUGAAACUUUAUUUAUUUUGUUGCAUUUAUAUCUUUAAAAUUAAAUUUUAACUUUACAUUCACAUUUUUUACCUUUAAAUUUUAUGUUGUCAUAGCUGGAGUUUUCCUUUACUAAAUUACUUACUGUAUUGAAAUAAAACAAUAGCUGUAAUGUA